CAUCCAGGAGCAGAAAUUUUAUCCGUUCAACCCAUUACAUCACAUUUUAUUAAAUCAUCAACAUUUGCACCUGAUGAUAAUAAAGAUUUUGAUUUAAAUCCACGAUAUAGUUUUUCAUAUGAUAUCAAAGACAUAAAAACUGGUGAUGAUAAACAACAAGAAGAAAAACUUUCAGAGGGUAAUGUACAAGGAAAGUAUUCUUUGGUUGAACCAGAUGGCACAAGACGAACAGUUUCAUAUACAGCCAAUGAUUUAAAUGGAUUUAAUGCAAUUAUUUCAAAAGAAUCACCAUUCAAUCAAAAUAUUAUAUAUGAAAGUCAAAAAUUCUUAAAUAUUGAUUUCAAUAGAAAAGAUAAUCAAAAUCUUGAAGAAUUUCAAAAACAACUUGCAAAACAUCAAAUUGAAAUAGAAGAGGAACAACGACGACAACAAGAAGAAUUUCGUAAAUCCAUUAUACAACAGAAGGAGCAAUUGACAAAAGAACAAUUGAAACAAACACUUAUUGAACAACAAGAAAAAUUGACAGCAGAGAAAGAACAACAAAGAAAAUUAGAACAACUUGUUUUAUCACAAAGAUCUUCCAUAUUGAAUCAUGCAAUCCAUUCGACAAUAAUUCACCACAAUACACCAUCAUUAGAAGUUAAUUCAUCUCCCAUUUUAACAACAAAUCAACAUUUUUCUACUUUACAAACACAUCCAGGUUUUAUUAAAAGUUUUGGAUCUUCUAAAACAACACAAAUAUUGUCAUCACAUCCAACUACACUACUCCAAAGACAAUAUUUUUCUUCACCAUCUGUUGAAUACGCAUCAAAAAUUAAUUUACAUACAACCGGCUUAAAUAGUCAAAAAUAUCAUAAGUUAAGUGAAGCUAUUAAUAUUACUAUUGGUGAUAAUUUAUCAAAUGAACAGCAUAGUAAAUAUGAAGAUCGUAAUUAUAACAUUAAUGAUUCAAAUGAUAACAGUGAAACAGAUGAUGAAGGUAGGUAUGAUCAGAAUAGUGAUGAAAAUGAAUAUAAUAGAAAUGAUUAUGGAAGUGAUCAAAGAUCCAAAGAAAUAACAAAUGGAUUGAAUUAUAAUGAAAGAGAAUUAAUGGUAAAUGCAAAUGGUGACGAUGACUCAAAGUAAUUGAUAAUGAAUAAAUGAAUUAAAAUUAAUAAUGA